AAUAAAUCGAAAUGAGCAAAAAACGUAAUCGACAACCAGAUGCAAAUGGAGAAUUAAGUGAAGGUUCAACUGAUUCUUGUAAUGAACCUAAUAGUGCAGGUGAUAAAUGUCGACAUGUUUCAAAAGCAGUGAAUUUUAAUAAAAUUAAGAAAUGUAUUAAUAAAGUGGGAGUUAAUACAGAAUGUUCAACAUGUAAAAAGUGUAAAAAUAAUUUAUCAAAAAUUAAUGGAGAGGAAUGUGAAACAAAUCCAGCAAUAUUAAUUUGUUUGCAAUGUGGACAUCAAGGUUGUGGAAGGGAAGAAAGUGGACAUGCUUUAGAACAUUAUAAAAAACCACAUAGUGACUGCCAUUUUAUGGUAGUUGAUAGUCUUUAUUGGAACGUCUGGUGUUUUCUAUGUGAAACGAAGGUUAAUAUUGGAUGUAGGAAAAAGCUCCAAGAAACAGUGGAUUUUAUAAAAAAAUCUACUACAAAAAUAAGUUUAUUGCAAACUAAGACAUUAGAGACACUAUCCCAAAAAGAAACCAUAGAUGUAGAUAAGAUAGAAAAAGAAAAAAAUUUAUGUAAUCUGCCUAAAGUAGGGGGUUUAAGGAAUUUGGGAAAUACCUGCUUUUUUAACGCUGUUCUACAAUGUUUAGCGCAAACACCUUUCUUAGUAAAAGUUCUCGAUAAUCUAAGUUCUCCUGGACAAAAGUUCAUUUUACCGGGAGGCAAGCAUAAACUUGCUAACAGCUCGGAAGAAAUUGUUCUACCACCCAUAGAGGGUACUUUAGAAGGUUGGGGUUUGAGUUUUACCUCAAUUUUAUGUAAGACUCUUUUAAAAAUGCAAAAUACCGAUGGUCAUCAAUCUUACCUUCCAUCAGAGUUAUUAGAUUCUUUUAAAAAGAAAACAAUGCAAUGUAUGGAUGGAGGGCAACAUGACUCGCAUGAACUUCUUAGGCAUCUUUUAGAAAUAGUACGAAACGAAGAUCUCAGGAGAUAUCAAAGUAUAAUUCUGAAAGAAGUAGGUUUGAACGAAAAGACUAAUCCAGGAGCUGUAGAGGAAAGUGUUAAAUCUCGUGCAAAGUUUUAUGGAAAUCAGGCUAGUUCGAGAUUACUCGGAGCAGAACCUGUUUUUCGUGGGGCUUUAGUUUCCACGUUAGAAUGUCUGGAGUGUCAUCAUACUUCACAGAGUACAGAACUCUUCUUAGAUCUCAGUUUACCUGUUAUGGCAGAUAAACCACAACCACCAGCUUUAAAAAGGAAGAACAAUGGGUUUGAGGACACAUUUGAUAUAAUGGGAAAUAAUAUUUCACAUGUACCUUCAAAACAUCAAUUAAAGAAGGAAAAGAAAGCUGCCCGCAAAAAUCGAAAAAGUAAAAAACAAGAAAUUCAUAACCACGAUGAUAAUUUUGUAUCCGAUAAAAGUAACAGUGUCGAAGAAAAUAACGGUGUACGUGAAUCAGAAGAACACGAUGCAGAUGUGGAAGAUAAUACGGAGAUAGAGGGUCUUGCUCCAGAAGUUGGUGAAUCAGGUUAUAGCUCAGAAAAACACUCUACUUUAGCAAGUCCAGCUUCUCCUUCGACCGAAGCAAUGAAAACAAAUGAAGCUACGAGUGAAGUACCAUUAGAUAAUUAUUUACAAUUUAGUACAACAGAUAAUCUUUCCUUAGUACAACUACUGAAUCGUUUUGAUACAAAUUCGUUACCCAGUCCCAAUUCAACAAAUGCAUGUACAACAAACUCACCACACGCAAAAGCUGUGGAUACGUUAGAUAGUUCCGAAAGUUUGGAAAAUGAAAGUGGAAUACAAACUGGAUGUCCUAUGUCUACUUCUUUAGCAAUGACCUCAGAUUUAACGAGUCCAGAAGUUCCAACUGUCAGUUUUAAUUCUGUUGUAUCGAAAGAAAGUACAAGUUCUAUGACUACUUUAAUGAACGGUAAAACUAUGGAAAAUACUGCACUGUCAACGCUUGACCUCGCUUUAACGGAAUUUGCUAACUGUAUCGAACAAGAAGAGUCUACCUGUAAUCAACAAUGGAAGCCAAGAAGAAAAAUAGAAGACUUUCACAAUGAUGCUAACGAUGGAAUCAAUAAUAUUACAUCUGGAGUUUCGAAAAUAACUUUUAGUAAUAGUCUUCAGCAAUCACCUACCCGAUAUGCAACUAAGGAAAGAGAAUGUUCGAUACAAUCGUGUUUGAAUCAGUUCGCAGCUCUAGAAUUAAUGAAUGGUAGCAACGAAGUUAGUUGCGAAGCAUGUACUGCCAGAGAAAAGAAGGUGAAACAGAAUUGUAAGAUGGUAUGCACUCCGAGUACGAAACAAUACCUGAUCUCUCGCGUACCCGCUAUUCUGAUUCUUCAUUUAAAACGAUUUCAAGCACAACGAGUUGAUUUUCGAAAAGUAACAAGGCAUGUUUCAUUUCCAAUAUUGCUCGAUCUAGCACCUAUCUGUAAGAAUCAUAAAAAAGCUAGAAUUUACGCACUUUACGGUGUUGUUGAACAUAGCGGAACCAUUCACGGUGGGCAUUAUGUUGCGUAUGUAAAGUCGCGAUUACCACUGAAACCAGAUGAUUCUCGAUGGUCGUUUCUGCCAAAAGAUGUUAACGUUAUGCAAGAGAAUUCAUGUUCUUCGAGUUCUGACUCUGAGACCGAUGAAGCCGCUGCAGCUUCUUCAGCCACGGUGGAACCACCCCCUGGCAAAUGGUAUCACGUUUCGGAUUCCAGAGUAACGGAAGUCGACGAAACAACUGUGUUACAGAGGCAAGCGUAUCUUCUCUUUUAUGAAAGAAUUCUUUGAGCACUGUGGCGAGUCGUUGAGUGGAACACGGGUAAUUCGAAUUUUAAAAUAGCGAAUCAUUAAUUAAAUAAAA